GUGUUUCCUCCCCUCAGUGUCAGUGUGAACUUUAACUGAACUUGAAACACUAUCAUAUUAAUCGAAUGAUCAGCUUUUACACCAAUCUAGAACCUGAGCUUCACACAGGAAGUGUCACGCUCUGCCCUGCUCCUGACUGCGCCUCUAAGCUCUCGGUUGGGUCUCUCUUUCACACUAACUGUGUGAAGCAUCAGGUCCACAGAGAGGAAGUGUGGUUGGAGGUUUCUCUCUUUCAGAAGCAAGUGAUCCUCCCUAUUAGGCUCUACUUUCUGCGUCUUCUCUCAGAUGAGCCAUCUGCCAGUCACCUGAAGUUGAUUCUGUACCCAGACUACAGCCACAACAUGAGCCUACGAAAACUGAGUUUCAAGUGGUUUGGUAGCCUCACCAACCUCACUUUUCGCCGCUCCACUGAGAAAUCGGACUCGAAGUCCUCUCCCUCAAAGUCCAGGGCAGGAGCUGAGUCUCUACCUGAAGAUGGCACCACCUGUGGCUCUGUCUCCACAAGGGUCCUGGCUCCAGUUGUUGAGACGACAGUGGAUGACAUGGAUGCAAUGCGUCCUCGCACCUCCAGCUACAUCCGCUCCAGUGAGAGCUACACACACAUGGGGACACUGCCAAGGCUACUGAUGAAGAGGAAAGACAAGAGUAGUAAAGAAGGUCCCAGCAGCAGCAGUAAGAAGAGCAAAAACAAGAGCAUCAACAGAAGUCAAAGCCAGCGACCAACAGGGUCUGGGCAACUUCAAAUAACUGGACCAUCAUCCAAAAAGGCUCAAGAUGAUUCUGCAGUUAAAGCUAACUCAGACCGCAACCACGCUUUUUGUCCUGAUCCCCAUCCUCAGACUGAAGCUGCAGGUGAAACUAACAUCACCAACACCCAAAAUAUCAUCUCUGGGCCUGAAGCUAAGAGGAAAGAUUUGUCUCCCUCUGGAGGCUCAAAUGCUGCAGUGCAACCAGAGACCUGUGAUAGGCAAGGCAGCAUGAAAGAAGCUCCUGACCUGAACCAUGGAGGGUUUUCAUCAUCUCUUAACCAGGCGAAUGAUCAAAGCCAGAGAGAUGGUGAUGUUGGGUCAGCGUCCAGACCGGUGCCUGAUCCAGAGGAGGAGACAAAGAGCACAGAGCUGAUCGAAGGUGCAGACAAAGGAAACCAGAACUCUGAGAACAUGAACAGCCACAAGGAACAAGCAGAAAGCCAGGCUGAAUACGUCCAGUUCUCCAAGGAGAAGUACCUGCUGGAGUCUCCCCCUGAGAAGCUUCGUAAGGAGCUGGAGGAGGAGCUGAAACUGAGCGCUGCUGACAUCAGGAGCCAUGGCUGGUACCAUGGACACAUCCCCAGAGAGGUGUCAGAGACUCUGGUUGUUCGUAACGGAGAUUUCCUGGUGCGUGACUCUCUGACCAGUGUGGGCGACUACAUACUGACAUGUCGAUGGGAUAAUGAGGUGCUUCACUUCAAGAUCAGUAAAGUCCUAGUUAAAUCCAAUGACACAAAGGUGCAGUACGUGCUGGAGGCUGACAGUUUCGAUUCAGUUCAGGAGCUUGUGCGGUUCUACGUGGGCCAGCGCAAACCGGUCUCUCAGUCCAGCUGUGUCCACAUCUACUGUCCCGUCAGCAGAACUCUUCCUCUGCGCUACCUUGAGGCCACCUUCGCACUAGCUCACAGUAAGCAGGGCUCCGCUUACUCGCCGUCCAGUCAGAGAGGAGCGUACAUCAAGAGAAGGAGUGUCACCAUGACUGACGGGCUGACGACGGAGAAGAUGAUAUCUCACAGUGACUCAGACAGUCCCAGCCCAGUUCAGACGCCAGUGGCCCCACCAGAGCCAGAACCAGAGCCGGAACCUGUGCCCAUCUGCAGCCCGUCAACAAUCCACCAUCAUAAAGACGCAAUGCGGAACUGUGCAAUGAGCAUGGACCAGAUUCAGGAGUACCGCUGCCCCUUGUCACCCGUCGGAGAAACCCCGCUGUCUCCUGCAUACACAGCUAUCACCAGGCAGAGAGCGCACUCAGGAGGGCGGAUCCUGGCGGUCAUCCCGCCCUCCCCCGUGAUGCGCCGAUCCAGCGACCCUCAGCUCAGCCCCUCCACCUGUGACAACCCUCCAGAGCAUCCUGCACACGCUUUGCACUCCGCACACUCCUCGCCCGCCCACCAUCCCAGCUACCAAUCACAUUCCUCAGAAACAGCAGGGAGCUACUGUGACCUCAGACCGUGCCCCGCCGGGCCCCCCAAACCCCCAACCAAGGGCUACGUGGAGCGAUUGCGAGUGGAAGAAGGGAGGCAGAAUGGAGGGAAGGAGGAAGGAGAGGGGAUGUUCAGCGCUCCACAGGUGGAGACAACGUCCUCAUUCAAACCAUCCAGGUACGAGUCUCGUCUAAUGCCGGCUGAGAACAAACCUCUGGAGAUGUCCGUGCUGAAGAGAGUCAAAGAGCUGCUGGCGGAGGUGGAUGCAAGAACAGCCGCUAGACACAUCACCGUGGUGGACUGCAGGGUGGCUAGAAUAUUAGGCGUGACCUCAGAGAUGCAAAGGAUGAUGGGAGUGUCCUCAGGGUUGGAGUUGCUGACACUACCACACGGACACCAGCUAAGACUUGACCUGCUGGAGAGAUUCUACACCAUGUCGAUCAUGAUGGCUGUGGACCUGCUGGGCUGCACAGGGAGCACCGAGGAAAGGGCAGCUCUGCUCCACAAAACCAUCCAGCUGGCAGCUGAGUUGAAAAGCAGCCUGGGCAACAUGUUUGGAUUUGCUGCUGUGAUGAGAGCCCUGGAGCUGCCUCAGAUAUCCCGCCUGGAGCAGACGUGGGUGACAUUACGUCAGAGACACACAGAGGGCGCUAUCCUAUACGAGAAAAAACUCAAACCUUUUAUGAAGAACAUGAACGAUGGCAAAGAGUCUAGUGUCCUGUCCAACACCUCCUUCCCUCACAUCAUUCCCGUCCUGUCCCUCUUGGAGCGGGGCAUGGCUCUCGGGGAAACACUGGAGCCCUGGGAGAGUGCAGAGGUGGGAGUCGACGUUGUAAUGUACCACCUAGAGGCCGCUCGGACCAUCGCACAUCACGGGGCGAUUUAUAGAAACAACACGGAGACCAAACUGCAGGGUUUCCAGGAGCGAGCAGAAAUACAUGAGAUCUUCCAGACUGAGUUUCAGAUGCGUCUUCUGUGGGGCAGCCGGGGCUCCGAGGGCAGCCAAUCGGAGCGCUACGAGAAGUUUGAUAAGGUCCUCACCGCCCUGUCACAUAAGCUAGAGCCUCCUGUGCGCCAAAGCGAGCUAUAGCACCUGCCAGGACAUCCCCGUAUUCUGCACUUGCCACUUAUUGUGGUAUGGUCUUGUUUUGCAUCGGGAAGGAUGAUGUGGAAGAGUCCAAACUGAGGAGGACGAGAGAGAAUAAAGAGGCAGCUAACAGAGCGUCUGCAGUGAGCAAUAGGACAACAAAGAAGAGGGUCUCAUUUAGAGCACAUGUUGCACUCAGUGUGGACUCCUCCUUCUGUUCCUCCAUGUGGACUUCCUCACUUAGCGCUUAAAUAUUUAAAUGAGACAAGCUAAGUGGAAAAAAAAAAAGGAUGGGAGAGAUGGACGACCAGCUUCCUCUGUUUGGAACAAACAGGAACAUGUGUACGGUGUGUCCCGAGGGCCAAACAGAGCUGCAGAGCUUGGCUCUGCACCAAUAAAACAGACACCCUCUUGUUGCAAACAACUGCUGUCACACACUGUAGCAGAAAUGAUAACAAUAACCUGCAUAGCUCAUAUAAAGAUGUUUUGUCUGUGUGACUGAAUGUGUGUAUGUGUUUACAUUCCUUCAUUAGUGUGCGUAAUUGAUGUUUCAUGAUUAUUUAUUUUUUGGUCACAAUGAUUGGAAGAAUUUCUAAACAUCUCGGACAUUGCUUCACCAAAUUCCAGAGAAUGUGUCAGUGCUCAUUCUGUGGGAGCCAUGUUCAUAAAAGCUCAUUAAAUAUGUAUCAAGCAGCCCCAUUGAAUCCCAUUAAAAAUGUAUCAAGCAUGCAUUAAUAAAUGUAUCAGAAAUGAAACAUUUGCCAUACUAAUGCAGCAACUUAAAUAUGAGGGCUUUGUAUGUCAUUAAAAACAUAAAGAGGACAAAGAAACCCUCUGGUGUUGCUGUUUGAUGAAUAUAUUUGAUAUUGUGUGUCUUGUGCACUAAAUUUAUCUUAAAACGGCACUAUAACUUUAAAUGGGAUGUGUACUCUUUAAAUUAAGUUAAAGCAAUGUUUCACUUAGUACAAAAACAUUAUGAACAUGCUGUGGUAUGUCUACAGCUUUGGUUGUAAAUUUGCAUUACUAAGUAUGCGGUUAAUGCAUGUGGUUCUACAUGUCCUACCAAGUGAAAUGUUGCUUCAGCCUCAUUUCAGAAUAUCGCUGUAUGCAGAUGAGUUAUAUCCUAAUGAUAUAUAAAAAUGGACGACGUGUCUCCACCUUCCAUUGUAAAAAAGUGAUGCCAAAAUACACCUGUGAUGAGCUCUGCUAUUGUGCACAGUGUAAGCCAAAGUCAGCACCCCUUCUGCUAACCAAUACACUCAUAGAACUUACCAAUUAAAUGGCAAAGAUGCCCCAGGUUGGCACAGCCUACAGAGUCAAGUUCAGUUACUCCUAUGGGAGAAAUAUCUUACUAAACAAUUAUUGGAAAAUACAAAUUUGGUUCUAGUUCAGCAUGAUUGGAACUAACCAUGAUAACAGAAACUGUUUCAGAAAAAAAAUCCUUGACGUUAAAUUUGAUUUUAAAGUUUGACCCAUGUACCAUCUGUUAUCAGGGAGGAAGCAGGCUUCAUGACCUAUGCUGCAGCCAGUCAAUAGGGGGAGCUCUAAAUGUUUUGGCUUCACUUGUGGAGAGCUGUAAUGUCAUCAAUCUUUGUAUACAGUCAGACAGUUAAUAUCAACUUAGUGUUUAUUGUUAUUCAAAUAUAACAAUGUAUGCAGAUAAUACAGUCAUGUCUGUGUUGACUUAAAUGACACUGAAAACAAAGAAAUCUGUAUUUUUCAACUUACUUUCAGUAAAUGAGAAAAAGCAGUUCCCAAACUGAGCCAUGUAAGGAAAUGUUGACCACAUUCCUGCUGCAGAGAAUGUCUUUUGGUUGUAUGUUUGUUUCUUUUUUUAUUUUGUGUUGCAGCAAUAGAGCUAUUGCUAUGGGAUUACAUUUUGGUCAACUGAUCGGUGUUCAAUCUUUGCUGUGUUUGCAGCAUGUGGGCCUGAGAAGGCUGGAGCCAACUCUCAUAGAUAUGCAAUCAUGUCAGCCAAUGGCUGAGAACCCUAAGGAACAAAAACAUUCAAAAUGUCACAGUUUUUCAAAGUUGUACCCCUACAUCACCCUAUUUUGAAAGACUAUCCCAUGGUCUUCCGAAGCCAAUCCAAAAGGCAUAAUCUAACUAUGAAUGAAAGUCAUUUCAGAUAACAAUCAAACAGAAAUAAUUCUAACAAUAUCACAUACCUUAGAGUAGUAUACCAGAGAUCCUUAAAUGGACGCCUCUCUUUGUAACUGAAACCAUAUCCAGUCAGCUGUACAGAUAAUGAGUGCCAGUUCCCAUUGGGAUCCAACAGGGGGCGAUCUCAAGUCAGCAAAAAACACUGAAUCAUUAAUUGUAAUACAAUUUAACAGGAAGGAAUACACACAGGAGAAAAUAAUCAUGUUUAUUGUGUGUUUUGAGACCAAUGUUUGAUAUUGUGUUAUCAGAAUUGAAACCUACAGGUUUAGGUUUUGUAUUUGGUAACACUGAAGGUGAAAAAGUGAUGAUGUUGCUGAUGAUGCUGAAGAUGAUGAUGAUGAUGAUAAUGAUGAUGAUGAUGAAGACAAUGUGAUGUUUUUAUUUGUUCGCUGUUGAAUGCUGUACAGGAAUGCUCUGACCAUGUACGGACUCUCCUGUUUUUUACAACAGGGCUGUAUGAGAUGAACUUAAGAAGCAAAAAGAUAAGAAAUGUUUUAGGACUGAUCUCAUGUUUUUUUACGUACUGUACAUAGAAAAUUCACUUUUUUCAAAUAAAAUGAUUGCUUGUGUCAAA